AUGAGCACCAUCGACAUCCCAAAGACACAGAAAGCCAUCCAAGUCGAUAAAGUGGGAGGGCCAGAGGUCAAUGUACUUCGGGAGAUCCCUGUCCCUACUCCCAAGGAUGACGAGGUCUUGAUCAAGGUCCAGUGGAGCGGCGUAAACUACAUCGACAACUACUUCCGAAGUGGUGUCUACCCCAAGCAAUUCCCCUACACCGCCGGCCAAGACGCCGUCGGCACCCUCCUCACCACACCUUCCAAGCCUUCGGCGCCCUUCGACAUCCCCGUCGGAUCAACCGUCUUCACUCCCUCUGGCCCCGCCUGGGCAGAGUACGUUGUCGCCCCCGCUGCCCGGGUUGGCCUUCUCCCAGACUCUAUUGCCAGGAAAGACGGUGUUUCUCUCGCUACCGUCGGUCUCACUGCGAUCACGCUUACUAAAGACAGUUAUCCCGUGCAAAAGGGUGAUUGGGUCUUGAUUCGAGCGGCAGCAGGGGGCGUCGGGCUCGUUCUGACGCAGGUUGUGAAAUACCUUGGCGGGCAUGUCAUUGGCGAAGUCUCCACCCCGGAGAAGGCCGAACUUGUGAAGAAACACGGUGCGGACGUGGUGCUCCUCAGUACAGACAAGACCGAGGACAACGUCAAGAAGAUCCUGGAGCUUACUGAUGGGGGCGUGCAUGCGGUGUAUGAUGGUGUGGGUCAGGCGACUUGGGAGCAAGACUUUGAGGUCGUUAGGAGGAAGGGCACGAUUGUGACUUUCGGUAAUGCCUCGGGCGUGGUACCUCCCUUCGCUCCCACUAAAAUUUCCCCCAAAGCACUCAAAGUCACCCGCCCCACAGUCACUGCCAUCAUCCAAACGGCCGAAGAGUUCAAGAACUAUACUGCCGAGCUCGUCGAGAUUGUGCAGAAAGCUUCCAUCAAAUUUGAGGUGUACAAAGAAUACCCGUUCUCGGCUGAAGGUGUUAUUCAGGCGGAGAAGGAUAUUCAAGGGCGAGGGACUACUGGGAAACUCCUUAUCAAGAUCUCGGACUGA